AUGGUACUGGGGUCUCAGCAGGCACUCCCUGAGUGUGUCACAAGCAGCAAACAGCAUCACCUGGCUGGAGUAUGUGUGGAAGAAGCUGGCAAGAGUGAGCUUGGAAAGCUGAACUGGCUUGUAACAACCGAUGCUGGGGGAGAACCAACCUGUAUUACUCCAUCAUGUCUGUGCAGCCCCCAUGAGCUAAUUACCUUCCACCCAAGCACCGGGCUCCGAGGCCGGGCCGCAAAAAACCCGGAGCCCGGAGGGGGCAGGGCCACGGGCGCGGGGGCUUGGCGGGUGGUGGGGCUGGGAGAGGUAGAAGAUGUGACGCCGCGGCCCUCCGUCCAGAGCAGCGGACGCAGUGUCCGCGCCUGCAACCGGCCCCGGGGUGCUGCAGCCUGGCAGGCGGCUUUUUCUGAGAGUCGCGGCCGCGGACACAACUCUCCCUCAGCCCGGCCCGCGGGGCCGCCGGGGCUCGCCUCGCGCCAGAGCCGGCGGAGAGCGGAGCAGCCGGGCUGCACGAGGCUGGGGGCCCGCGGGCGCGGCCGCGCGCAGCCGGGCGGGAGGCUGGGGGGCCGGGGCCGGGGUCGUGCCCCGGAGCGGGUCGGAGGCCGGGGCCGAGCCCGGGGGGCGGCCUCUCCCCACGCGGCUCCUGCAGCUCCCGCGGCUCGGGGGCUCCGACAGGGACCCGAAGGGGCCAUGGCAGCCGGGAGCAUCACCACGCUGCCCGCCCUGCCGGAGGACGGAGGCAGCGGCGCCUUCCCGCCCGGCCACUUCAAGGACCCCAAGCGGCUUUACUGCAAAAACGGCGGCUUCUUUCUGCGGAUUCACCCCGACGGCCGCGUGGACGGGGUUCGGGAGAAGAGCGACCCUCACAUCAAAUUGCAACUUCAGGCGGAAGAGAGAGGAGUUGUGUCCAUCAAAGGAGUGUGUGCAAACCGUUACCUUGCUAUGAAGGAAGAUGGAAGAUUGCUGGCUUCCAAAUGUGUUACAGACGAGUGUUUCUUUUUUGAACGAUUGGAGGCUAAUAACUACAAUACUUACCGCUCAAGGAAAUACUCCAGCUGGUAUGUGGCACUGAAACGAACUGGGCAGUACAAACUUGGAUCGAAAACAGGACCUGGGCAGAAGGCUAUACUUUUUCUUCCAAUGUCUGCUAAGAGCUGAUUUUAAUGACAGCAUCUAAUCUCAUUUCACAU